AUGUUAUUAGCAAUGUUGAACAAGAAAUGGAUGCUCAAAAGUUGCCAUAAAAAAGAGUCGGAAUUUAAAUUAACUCGAGAUGAACUGGAACAUAUAGCACAUGUUUCGUACAUGGCUGAAGAAGAGUUCGGCAAAUUUCAAACAAAAUUACCUAUCGAUAAGGAUUGGGUUGAAGAAGAAGGCACAAAAUCGGGUUACGAAGAAUAUAGCGCUGAAGAAAGUGAAUCAGAGAAAUUUUCGAGAACAAGUUCUGCAACGUCAGGUCCCGAUUCUCAACAGCAAUCUGUAGAUAUGACAAUAAAUCCGAUCCAAAAUAUCUUGCCAUUUGAUGCAACCGAUAACAUGACAUUGGAUGAUAAAAAUGUUCUCACUAAAGAUAUGGAACAUGAAAUGGAUAUAACUAAUGAUAGAAUUUCCUUUGACGACGAUUCCAUUCCAGCACAUCUUCUGACUUUAUCACCAUCUGCCGACAUUACUUCUAAGAUUUUUGAUAAGACAGAAAAAAAUCUGUUAUCAGUGGAAAAAAUGGAACAUAUCAACACAAAUGUUAUUAGCAAUGUUGAACAAGAAAUGGAUGCUCAAAAAGUUGCCAUAAACAAAGAGUCGGAAUUUAAAUUAACUCGAGAUGAACUGGAACAUAUAGCACAUGUUUCGUACAUGGCUGAAGAAGAGUUCGGCAAAUUUCAAACAAAAUUACCUAUCGAUAAGGAUUGGGUUGAAGAAGAAGGCACAAAAUCGGGUUACGAAGAAUAUAGCGUUGAAGAAAGUGAAUCAGAGAAAUUUUCGAGAACAAGUUCUGCAACGUCAGGUCCCGAUUCUCAACAGCAAUCUGUAGAUAUGACAAUAAAUCCGAUCCAAAAUAUCUUGCCAUUUGAUGCAACCGAUAACAUGACAUUGGAUGAUAAAAAUGUUCUCACUAAAGAUAUGGAACAUGAAAUGGAUAUAACUAAUGAUAGAAUUUCCUUUGACGACGAUUCCAUUCCAGCACAUCUUCUGACUUUAUCACCAUCUGCCGACAUUACUUCUAAGAUUUUUGAUAAGACAGAAAAAAAUCUGUUAUCAGUGGAAAAAAUGGAACAUAUCAACACAAAUGUUAUUAGCAAUGUUGAACAAGAAAUGGAUGCUCAAAAAGUUGCCAUAAACAAAGAGUCGGAAUUUAAAUUAACUCGAGAUGAACUGGAACAUAUAGCACAUGUUUCGUACAUGGCUGAAGAAGAGUUCGGCAAAUUUCAAACAAAAUUACCUAUCGAUAAGGAUUGGGUUGAAGAAGAAGGCACAAAAUCGGGUUACGAAGAAUAUAGCGUUGAAGAAAGUGAAUCAGAGAAAUUUUCGAGAACAAGUUCUGCAACGUCAGGUCCCGAUUCUCAACAGCAAUCUGUAGAUAUGACAAUAAAUCCGAUCCAAAAUAUCUUGCCAUUUGAUGCAACCGAUAACAUGACAUUGGAUGAUAAAAAUGUUCUCACUAAAGAUAUGGAACAUGAAAUGGAUAUAACUAAUGAUAGAAUUUCCUUUGACGACGAUUCCAUUCCAGCACAUCUUCUGACUUUAUCACCAUCUGCCGACAUUACUUCUAAGAUUUUUGAUAAGACAGAAAAAAAUCUGUUAUCAGUGGAAAAAAUGGAACAUAUCAACACAAAUGUUAUUAGCAAUGUUGAACAAGAAAUGGAUGCUCAAAAAGUUGCCAUAAACAAAGAGUCGGAAUUUAAAUUAACUCGAGAUGAACUGGAACAUAUAGCACAUGUUUCGUACAUGGCUGAAGAAGAGUUCGGCAAAUUUCAAACAAAAUUACCUAUCGAUAAGGAUUGGGUUGAAGAAGAAGGCACAAAAUCGGGUUACGAAGAAUAUAGCGCUGAAGAAAGUGAAUCAGAGAAAUUUUCGAGAACAAGUUCUGCAACGUCAGGUCCCGAUUCUCAACAGCAAUCUGUAGAUAUGACAAUAAAUCCGAUCCAAAAUAUCUUGCCAUUUGAUGCAACCGAUAACAUGACAUUGGAUGAUAAAAAUGUUCUCACUAAAGAUAUGGAACAUGAAAUGGAUAUAACUAAUGAUAGAAUUUCCUUUGACGACGAUUCCAUUCCAGCACAUCUUCUGACUUUAUCACCAUCUGCCGACAUUACUUCUAAGAUUUUUGAUAAGACAGAAAAAAUCUGUUAUCAGUGA